AUGCCUAAGAACAAGGGAAAGGUACGUUGUUCGCCUGCUUUUUCUGUCCGAUGCCACCGAGACGUCUUCGCGCCGCGCGGUUUCGCCGCCGGCGGCAAGAACCGCAGACGUGGAAAGAACGAGUCCGACCACGAGAAGCGUGAACUCACCUUCAAGGAGGACGGUCAGGAGUACGCCCAGGUCGUCAAGAUGCUCGGCAACGGCCGCCUCGAGGCCCUCUGCUUCGACGGCACCAAGCGCCUCGGCAACAUCCGCGGCAAGCUCCGCAAGAAGGUCUGGAUCAACCAGGGCGACAUCAUCCUGCUCUCGCUGCGCGAGUACCAGGACGACAAGGGCGACGUCAUCCUCAAGUACACCGCCGACGAGGCCCGCUCCCUCAAGGCCCUACGGCGAGCUGCCCGAGUCGGCCAAGAUCAACGAGACGGACACGUACGGGCGCCGAGGCAACGACGACUGCAACUUUGA